AGUACGCUCAUUUUCUGGGUUUUCUAUUUGGACACCAUGAAUAUGUCAGAAGCCAGCACAGUGACAGAAUUCAUACUCUUGGGCUUCCCCUGCUCCAGAGAAGUUCAAGUCCUCCUCUUCAUACUGUUCUCCUUGUCCUACAUCCUGACACUGAUGGGAAAUGGGGCCAUCAUCUGUGCAGUGAAGGUGGACCACAGGCUCCAUACCCCUAUGUACUACCUGCUGGCCAACUUCUCCUUCCUGGAGAUCUGCUACAUCAACACCACUGCCCCACAUAUGUUGGGGAACUUCCUGUCUGAGACCAAAACCAUCUCUCUCACAGCCUGCUUCCUCCAAUUCUAUUUCUUCUUUUCUUGUGGUAUCAACGAGACAUUCCUAUUGCCCCUGAUGGCUUUUGACAGAUACUUGGCCAUCUGCUGGCCUCUCCACUAUCCUACCAUCAUAAGCAGCUGCCUCUGCUUAAACCUGGUGGCCCUCUGCUGGGUGACAGCCUUCCUGUGCUAUCCGGUCCCCAUCUACUUCAUCACUCAGCUUCCCUUCUGUGGCCCCAAUACCAUUGAUCACUUUGUCUGUGACCCUGGUCCUCUUCUGGCCCUGUCCUGCACCCCUGCACCUGGAAUUGAGUUAGCCUGCUCUUUACUAAGCUCACUUAUUAUCUUCAUCACCUUUUUCUUCAUCCUUGCAUCCUACACCCUGGUUCUCAGGGCAGUGUUCCGUGUCCCUUCAGCAGCUGGCAGACGUAAGGCCUUUUCCACCUGUGGUUCCCAUCUAAUUGUGGUGUCUCUGUUCUACGGAACCAUAAUGGUGAUGUAUAUCAGUCCAAACUCUGGAAAUCCAGCUGGGACACAGAAGAUUGUAACUUUGAUCUACUCCUCGGUGACUCCACUUGUAAAUCCGCUGAUCUACAGUCUCCGGAACAAGGACGUGAAGGCCGCCUUGAGAAAAAUUCUUAGGCAUGCAAAAGUUAGUCAGAGUUAA